GGCACGAUGCGCCCCGCGCCGCCGCCGCCGCUGCUGCUGCUGCUGCUGCUGCUGCUGCCGCCGCCGUCGCUGUCGCACGACGGAACCAUCAUCGCAGCAACAUCUCCAACCUCAGGGCAGCCCAGCACAGAGUUACCUGGUGGUAAAGGGCUAAUAACUACAGCCAAGACUAUACAAAACACAGAUCUAGCAAUCACUGGGGAAAAGGUGAUGUCAGCCACAGUCAGCAAAGGACCAUUACCAGGAUCCAGCAAUUCAGUGUCGAUGACAUUAGCCCCAACCCAAAAAAACACUGUCAUAGCCCCUGACCAAGAUGAGAAGGUGUCAACCAACCCUACUAUAGCUACGAGUGACUCAAAGGGUAUUCCAGACUUAAACAAGUCUAUACUUCCAUCAGCCACUAACUCCAUGAAGCCUGACACCCCAGUGACCCAGACAGCUGGACCUGGAGCCCAGGGUAACCCUGGCACUACCGUCAGCCACAUGACCAGUGAGAACACAGAGCAGACGACCUCUCAGCCUCCACCUCAGGUUAAGCCCUCCAGCAUCACUCCUGCUCUAACUUCCAUCAUCACCCCAACAAGUCCUCGCCAACCCAGUGCAAACUCCACUACUUUGAAGCCUCCAGAGAGUUCUUCCGAAAGUCCAGACAAAAGCCAUACAGCUUCAAGUAGUUUAGGCACGAAGGUGGUUCCCAGCUCCUCAUUAUAUGGCACGUCUCCCACACGAACCUCAUCGGUUACCUUCUGGGGAGGUCCACAGUCCUCCAGCGGGACGCCGCCUGUCCCUGCGCCCACUCCCCGCCCCGCUGCGACCUCUUCCUCCACCCCUGGGAUCUCCUCUGUUCCUGGGACCACUUCGCUGCCGUCGGAGACGGAGUCUCUGGAGUCUCCGUCGUCGGAGUCUCCGUCGCAGCCUCCGAAGCUGCGGCCGACCGGCCCUCCGUCAUCGGGGUCAUCGGGACCUGCGGCCUCGCUUCCUGACGAGGGACCCAGAAGCUCCAGCACUCAGCGCGCCGCCACUGCUCCCCGAGCCCCCAGCGUCCCUUCUCCCACCUCGGCCCAGGGGGAUGACAGGAUAAAGUGCGAAUCCCCCGGAAGGCUGACCGACAAGAUGCUCCUCCUGAACCUGACGAGAAGCGGCCUGUGCGCGGGGAACAAUUCGGAUGACAAACUGAUCACACUUCUGUGCCGAGCAGCAAAGGCCACCUUCAACCCAGCUCAAGAUCAGUGCCAUAUACGGCUGGUACCUAUUCAAGACACCCAGGCGGUGGCAAUCAAAGAAAUCACUGUCCAGACGAACCUCUUGCCCAGGGACGUGUACGAGUUGCUCAAAGACAAAUGGGACGAGCUCAAAGAGGUGGGAGUCAGUAACAUGAAGCUUGGGGACCAGGGGCCACCCGAGGAGACGGAGGACCGCUUCAGCAUGCCCCUCAUCAUCACCAUUGUCUGCAUGGCAUCCUUCCUGCUCCUCGUGGCUGCCCUCUACGGCUGCUGCCACCAGCGCCUGUCGCAGCGGAAGGACCAGCAACGGCUGACAGAGGAGCUGCAGACGGUGGAGAAUGGUUACCAUGACAAUCCCACACUGGAAGUGAUGGAGACCUCAUCAGAGAUGCAGGAGAAAAAGGUGGUCAACCUUAAUGGGGAGCUGGGGGACAGCUGGAUCGUCCCUCUGGACAACCUGGCCAAGGAUGACCUGGACGAGGAGGAGGACACGCACCUCUAAUCAGGUCCUCAGGUGGCCCCCGACAAUGCUACAGCGCUCCGGACUGAACCACCUCAAGUGCCAUUUGGACAGGGGAGGAAAAUCCUUCCCAGUUGAGGGAAAGAUGGGAGGAGGGAAGCAGACUUGGAAGGUUCCCACCUCCCAAUCCCCACAGGGCCUUAAUUUUCCCUUUUCACACUGAACAAAUCCCAUUCUGUCUAGAUUCCUCUUGUAAAAUAACCCACUAGUGCCUGAGCUCCGUGCUGCUGCAAGACGAGAGGCAGAGCACUCACGCAGUCAUCAGUAGAAUCCCUUCACCUCCUGCCCGAGGUGACUGAGGCCUGAGGGGCGUCAGGUCCUGCUCAUCCAGCCCCUCAGUGACAGAGGCGGGACGGAAGCAGAGCUGCGGCCCCUGCGGGGGAGCUCCCUCCCGCCCCACUGCUGCCGUCCCUCAGGGGUGAAGCUACCAGUCGACGGACGGGACAGCAGAUGGGAUGGAAGGGACAGCAUGGGCCAGAUCCUGCCUCAGUGGGAUUUGAUUCCAUCCAAGGACAGGCUCCUGGCUGUCCAUCUCCUCCUACCCCAGCCUGGCCGGCCAGUGUCCCCGUCUCCUUUGAGCUUGUUCCCCCCUCCAGGGUCCCUGGGACUCACUGAGUUCGUCAUGGCCUCAAACCCCUUGCUCUGGAUUUUGGCUUCCUUGCAUUUGCUUAGGGAUCUUGAGACUUAACCCACAUAAGACUCCAGUGUGAACAAGGUCUGCCUCUGGGAUCCAUCUGCAGGUGAAAAAAACAGGGGACGCCCUUCACCCCAGGAUGGGUCCUGGCCCACCACCCAGGGCAGUCCUUGAAGAGGCUCCGCGGGGACUCCUUUGGCUUCCCACUCCUGUGGGGACCAAAAUCUGCAGCCGCUAUGAAGGCGAGGUGUUCCUAUUUUGUUGUUCUCGCUCAGCCGGUGAGGUGGGGACCCGAGUUCGGGGAUCCCCCUGAGACCCAGCAAGAAAGAGCAGUAGCUGCAGGCACACUUUCCCAGGGCCCAGUCCACAGAGAGGUGUCUUGACAAUCCAUCGAUACAGUUAGGAAGGCUAGGCUUUGCUCUCUGUUCCAUGGGAAACUCAGGGACUUUUCAAGUUGCUGAGAGUUUUGUUACUGUUUUUUUAGUCCAGCCCUCUACUGCCACAAGCCAAAGCUCCAGUUGCUGGGAGACUUUUCAGUUAACCAAUCUCACCGAUUUCUGGUUCUCCUGUGCCAUCGGGCGAGAAGGGCCUAGAAAGUGCCACGCAUUUUAAGUUGCACAGGAGCAGCCUGGGAGGCCGGGGAGCGGGGGCAGUUCCCAGCAGCACGCAGUGGGCCUUGCCAUGUCCCCUUCUCUGCACUCGUGGCAGGGCUGCCUAGUUCUGCGGUUUCUGGUGGCAUCUCAGGGAAACAGGACCGUGAAGAGGUUUGGAGGGAGCUUAGCAGUUAGCUCCCAUGCAGAAGUCACCCGACGACUGGACACAGUGAGGUUUAAUUGGAUUUUCUGGGAGGCCCAGAUCCCAGAUUUUAUACACCUUUGCCCACGGUCUUUCUUGCUCCUGGUGUAAAAUUUCCUGACGCCAACUCGGAAGAUGGGCAGAACUGCUUAGGAGAGUGAAAACUGUAAUUUCAGGGCAAGAGGUCAGAACCCCAGGACCUGCAGGCCUGGGCUGUGUCCUGAUGAAAUAGGCAGCCUGCUUUAGAACAGCUUGUUAUUAUUUUUUAAAGGAUCUUAGCUGGGGGAAGAUCUAUGCCCUUCCCUGCAUGCCUCGAUUCCUCCUUCAGAGCCUCUGGCCUUUGAUAUCCUAGUUUCACAAGAGCUAGAGAGAUGCUAGACUAACAAGGAUCCAAAAGUCUUUGCCCUGAUUGUCUAGCAUUUGAAGGUUGGCAGGGGAGAGAACAAUGCUAGUCUGGGAGGAAAAAAAAAAAAAGAGAGGAAAUCUUGUUAUAACUGGGAAGGGAUCUGUUUGCUUCCUUCCUGCCCAACAUUGGGUUCGUUCCACCCAGCGGGAUUCUAUUGUGGCGUCUGUGGAAGAGGCCACUGGGUGACUACUCCUUGGCUGAUUCUGGGUCCCAUUUUACCAGCCAGCCUCUAGACAGAGACAGCAAGUAUGCCUCCACAAACUGAUCGAAGGCUACAGCCCCACGGCCUCUUGGGCAGAGGGAUGAUGCCUGGCAAGGACUAGAGUAACAACUAUACUUGGUCAAGAGGAAUGACUGUGGCUCUGUCCAAGGGGCACCUUGGGAAGCUUUGAGCUGCUUCAGAUGCUCAUUUUGGUGCAUUUUCAGAUUGGGUUACUCUAGCCUUUUAGGGCAACUUCAGAAUUGAAUACCUUGCUCUUGCCACUUAAGACACCUGUGUCAAGGGCCACGUGUCGGCAAAGGUCAUCUUCACCCCACAUCUGCACUGGGUUCUACAUGCUGUCUGGUAAGUCAGAUCCUGGGGCUGAGAAGAAGAGGAACAUCAGCAACUCAGCAUGACUUUAAACAAGUUGUGCCAAAGGGAUAUCAUGAACUUUCCAUCGGUGGCACACUGGUUUCCCUAAGCUGCAUAAAUGGCCAGAAGCCACGAAUCUGUGACUGGAUGGAAACCCAGAGGGAAAGCAUGCUGUUCUGUGAACGGGGAGGGAAGCGGCAGUGCUUAGGAAGGGGUACAGAAAUAGUCUCUGCGUCGUAGGGACAGAAUACGGGUUUAACGGAGUCGAUGCCAGGUUCUUUCUUUCCCUCUUGAUAAGGAAGGCUAGCAGAAAAUUUAUUUAAACCACUUCUUGAGCUUUAACCUUUUUGACGAUAUACUGGAGAAACUUUGAAAAACAAGUCCAAGCUGAUACACAUAUACAUACUUUUUAAUGAUGUAAAUACAACAGCCACAUGUUAAUCCACCCUGCACUGCUUUAAGUGAAUAUACACUGGGAAAACAGGUGUUAGUUGAGGUGGCUUUUUUUCUCUCAACAGGAAUGUAAAUGUCUAAUUCACUAGAAAGGACUUUUAUUUUUCCUCUAAUGAAAAAUGAGAUACAAGACAAGCCGAUGACAAGUAUCUGUCUUACAUAGAUCAGGCAUUUUUAUUUUUAAACAUGAUCCUCACCGCCCCCCCCGCCCCGAAGUCUUAGCAGAUCACAGGAAGGCUUGGAGUCCAUGUACACUGGUUGACACUAGUCCCAGGGAGGCUUUUAGAGACCUAGUCCUAUCUUUGUUUUGUUCUUUACAAAGAAAGAAACUGAAGCCCAGAAAGAUGGAGUGGCUUGGCCAAAAUCACAUGGUUAGUGACAGAAACAGGAUUACAACACAGGUGUUGUGGGCCUCAGAAGGAAUUAGUAAAUUAAGGACUGCUAAUUAAGGCGCCAGGAUGAGACAAAGGACAGAAUUCCCUUCUCAGAUCUCUUCCUGCAGCAAGGCUGGGGCGAGCCUGACGGCGAUGCUAGGAACCAUACUGGCCUUCUGCACUUCCUCCGAGUUCAGGUCUAAGACGCACAUGAAUGAUACUUUCCUGUCAAGGGACAGUUUUGAAUGACCCUUUUUUUACAUACGGAUCUUCUACUAGCAGGACUAAGGAUCAAAGGGAACAAGCUCCAGGAAGGCAGGGAGGAGCAAGAGUAGAGCAAUUGCUUUUUUUUUUUUUUUUUUUUUUUUAUCACUGUUUCCAGCUGACGGCUCAGGUUUGGUGAAAACCCAACACUUGAGUGGGAGCGAGGAGAUUACUAGUUGGAUGUGUGUCUCUUCUGUUAUUAGUGAAUGUUAAACAGUUUGCCCAGGAGACUGGGGGAAGCAUGUGUCUUCAUGGACAGGGGUCUGAAGUACACUGGAAUUUAUGGAAAAACUUGUUUGUAAAGACUCUAUGUAAUUAUUGCCAUUUUCUUACAAAACUAUAUUUUGGAAAAUUGUAUACUGUCAAUUAAAGUGCUUUUGUGUAAGCUGGUUCAAGGCCUGUUGAACUUGAUUGGCCAGUUGGCUUCUGUUCCUCACUUGUGCACAGAGGCUCGAGGCCCAAGCGCCCGAGGACAGGAGGUGCAGGGAUGAAUGCGGCACCCUCUGCUCUUACACACUCUUACACGAUGGGGUGGGGGUGGGCGGUGCAGGGAGCCAAGGAGAAAGAGGGAAGCUGCGAGGAAGAAGGGGAUUCUGGACGGGCGAUGGUUCUCCAGGUGGCCUUGGGCUGUCGUAGUGAUCACUGCUGAAUCGUCCUCCCUCGCACUUUUAUCUGUUCUACCUUCUUCCUUCCCUCCCCUUGUGGCUCAGGUACAAUCAUGAGUCACCCACCACUAAAGAUCCUUGAGCCCUGGUCAAGUGUGAAAACGCGGGCGUAGAGACAAAACAAAAAUAUAAAAAAACAAAGAGGUCCUGUUCUGGGCCUGUUACUGCUCAGCAAAGGCUCGGCCUCCUGGCCCGGAGAGCCCGCCGCCUCCCUCUCCGCUCCUCAGCUCCUCACCGGAGGGGGAUCGCGCUCCCGGCUCCCGGCUCCACCUCGACCCGCAGGCUUGCAGGAGGGAACCGUCCCAGGAAGUCCCAGGAACCGGGUCCCCUGGGACCGCGUUCACACCGCUCUACGGUCAUCUCUUCCACGUGCCUCAGGUCAUCUCUUCCACGUGCCUCGUAACUUAGAGGUCACAACCUUGCUCAGCAACGGGCACUCCUCUCCCAGCAGGGAUUCUCUGCGAGGACACAGCUACUUCAGUGGUAGCAGGAGGCCUGGAAGCCACGUCGUUUUUCUCUCCAGUCUUCCAAUCUUUUCUCGCGGCCACAUUAAUGCAGGCGUUCCAACAACAAAGCACAUUUCUAGAAUAAGACCACUGUUAACAAUUUCCUGGCCUCCCCCCGCCCAGUAUGAUUUGCCUUUUAUAUAGGAGUUCUGAAAGGCAGUUAACACCCUUAAUAGUGGGCCAGAGUUGGGCCAGGGGUGUUUUGAGGUGAA